AUGCGGCUUAUCAAUGUGUCUUCCAUGAGCGUCGAGGAGUUCAUCGGGCGGAACAUUCCUCCAUACGGCAUCCUAUCUCAUACGUGGGAAGGCAGCGAAGUCUCAUACGAUGAGAUGAGAGUCGGAACGGCGAGGAGCAAAGAGGCGUUCCACAAGAUCGAGAUGGCUUGCAAACUAGCCUCGGGAGAUGGGCUGGCCUACGUAUGGGUAGAUACGUGCUGCAUCGAUAAAUCCAGUAGCGCUGAACUCACCGAGGCCAUCAACUCGAUGUUUGUAUGGUACAAGCGCGCGGCCGUUUGCUACGUCUACUUGUCCGACUUGAAAUCUUCUGCGGAUGUCUCGACGGCACUGGAGGACUGCAGGUGGUUCUGGCGGGGAUGGACUUUACAAGAGCUCAUCGCGCCCCAAAAGGUCAACUUCUUCGAUCAGAACUGGCAAUUCAAGGGCUGCAAGAACCGUCUCUUGAAGGAAAUCUCUGAUAUCACGGGUAUUGGCUCAACUGUUUUGGACCAUCUUGCCCCACUGUCUUCAAUUGCGGUCGCAACGAGACUGUCGUGGGCAGCCGACAGAAAGACCACAAGAGAGGAGGAUGCCGCAUAUUGCUUACUUGGCAUAUUUGAUGUGAAUAUGUCGUUGCUAUACGGAGAAGGAACGAAAGCCUUCAGGCGCCUCCAAGAAGAGAUCAUCAAAGCUGACUGCGACCUCAGCAUUUUCGCUUGGGAGGCGGAGCCGAGCCAGAGUCGCCGACCUGGCCGUCGGUAUUCGGGCAUUCUUGCGGAGUCUCCAAAGGAGUUCUCAGGCUGUAGGGGCAUCAUCAAGGCGAAUAAAUCCACUUUUCACACAGACUUUUCGAUCACGAACAGAGGAAUCCGCAUG